AGGCCCAGGUGGAAGGAAGUCUUGACCGUGGUGGAUUAGUUCCUGACAGCAGCAGCAGGAGGGAAUGGUGGAAAGGGGUAUCAGACGAAAUAACAGGACAAUUUCCUAUCAAGACGGCCCAAUAAAAAAUAUUUUAUAGGAAGGAAGAAUCUUCAGCUUCUCAAGCCCUGCCAUUACAGCCAGUCAACUGCAUAGAGUACAGCUCCUCUAGUUGAGAUGAAGCCUAGAAGAAGUCCUGCCUGGCCCAUCACAGAGUCUAUGCCGCUACCUUAAGCUUUAGAGGGGAAUGAUGAAAUUAGAUAAAAAAUAAAGUGGAAGAGUGGAGGACCGCACCCCCCAGCAUCCCCCAAAAGCAGCAUGGCAGGACUCCAGCUGGUCACCCCCGCCUCCAAUCCCAUGGGCCCUUUCUUUGGUCUCCCGUGGCAACAGGAGGCCAUCCACGACAACAUCUACACGCCUAGGAAAUAUCAGGUUGAACUUCUUGAAGCAGCUCUUGAACACAAUACUAUUGUCUGCUUAAAUACUGGCUCAGGGAAGACCUUUAUUGCAGUACUCCUAACUAAAGAGCUCUCCCACCAAAUCCGGGGAGACUUAGUCGAACAGGGGAAGAGGACAGUUUUCCUGGUGAAUGCAGCAUCGUCUGUGAUUCAGCAAGCAGCUAGUGUUAGGACCCACUCUGAUCUCCAGGUUGGAGAAUACAUGUGUGUGGAGAAGACCUCAUCAUGGUCCAGGGAAAAGUGGAGCCAAGAAAUGAUUGAGAAUCAGGUGCUCGUUAUGACGUGCCAUAUCUUCCUGCAUGUGCUGAAGAGUGGAGUGUUGCCACUAUGGAAACUCAACCUGGUGGUGUUUGAUGAGUGUCACCUGGCAAUCACGGACCAUCCCUACCGGGAUAUAAUGAAGCUAUGUGAGGGCUGUCCGUGCAGCCCUCGGAUCCUGGGCCUCACUGCAUCCAUUUUGAAUGGUAAAUGUGACCCGUCUGAACUGGAACAGAAGAUCCAGAACUUGGAGCGGAUCCUGCGGAGCAAUGCAGAGACAGCUACUGACCUCGUUGUCCUUGACAGAUAUGCCUCCCAGCCCAGAGAGGUGGUACUGGACUGUGGACCCUACCUGGACAAGAGCGGCCUUUCAGAGCAUCUACUGAGCGAGCUGGACGGGGCUCUCCACUUCCUCAACGACUGCAACAUACCUGUGCCUCGAGAGGACAGAGACCCCACCUUCAUAUCCAAACAGGUGCUGAGUGACUGCCGGGCGGUGCUGCUGGUGCUGGGGCCGUGGUGUGCCGACAAGGUGGCUGGCAUCAUGGUGAGGGAGCUGCAGAAGUACAUCAAACACGAACAGGAAGAGAUCAACAGGAAGUUCCUMCUCUUCACCGACACCAUCCUGAGGAAGGUCCACGCCCUGUGUGAGGAACUCUUCUCCCCGGCCUCUCUGGACCUGAAGUUUGUGACCCCGAAGGUCAUCCGCCUCCUGGAGAUCCUCCAUGAGUACAAGCCCUUUGAGAGGCAACAGUUUGAGAGUGUGGAGUGGUACAACAACCGCAACGAGGACAACUACGUGUCGUGGAGUGACUCGGAAGACGAAGACGAGGAUGAGGAGGUGGAGGUGAAGGAGAAACCCGAGGCUAACUUCCCCUCGCCGUUCACCAACAUCCUGUGUGGGAUCAUCUUCGUUGAGAGGCGCUACACGGCCGUCGUCCUCAACCGGUUAAUAAAGGAGGCAGGGAAACAGGACCCGGAGCUGGCCUACAUCAGCAGUAACUUCAUCACAGGACACAGCAUCGGAAAGAACCAGCCACGCAACAAGCAGAUGGAGGUGGAGUUCAGGAAACAGGAAGAGGUUCUGCGUAAAUUCCGUGCCCACGAGACCAACCUGCUCAUAGCGACCAGCAUCGUGGAGGAAGGUGUAGAUAUUCCCAAGUGUAACCUGGUGGUGAGGUUUGACCUGCCCACUGAGUACAGGUCCUACGUUCAGUCUAAAGGCCGAGCCAGAGCCCCUGUCUCCAACUACGUCAUGCUGGCUGAAAGUGAGAGGACCAAGACCUUCGAGGAAGACCUGAAGACCUACAAGGCCAUAGAGAAGAUCCUGAGAAACAAGUGUUCCAAGGCAGCGGGGGUCGGUGACUUUGAGGUGGAACCGGUGCAGGAUGAUGACAACAUCCUGCCUCCCUACGUGCUCCGCUCUGAGGAAGGAGGGCCCCGCGUCACCAUCAACACYGCUAUCGGACACAUCAACAGAUACUGUGCCCGUCUGCCCAGUGACCCGUUUACCCACCUGGCACCUAAGUGUAAGACCAAGGAGCUGAAGGAUGGGCGCUACCAGUCAACCCUCUACUUGCCCAUCAAUUCCCCUCUACGGGUGCCCGUCGCUGGGCCAAUCAUGAACUGUGCACGACUGGCAGAGAAGGCAGUGGCGCUACUUUGUUGUGAAAAUCUUCACAAAAAAGGUGAGUUGGAUGACCACUUGAUGCCUGUGGGGAAAGAGACAGUGAAGUACGAGGAGGAGCUGGAUCUCCAUGACGAGGAGGAGACCAGUGUUCCAGGCAGACCAGGAUCCACCAAGAGGAGGCAGUGCUACCCUAAAGCUAUACCAGAGUGUCUCUCGGGAAGUUACCCUGUACCGGAGCAGUCUUACUACCUGUAUGUGAUUGGCAUGGGUUCCUCACCACCCCUCUGCCCUGAUGAGCUCAACUUCCGCCGCAGGAAACUCUACCCUCCAGAGGGCACUACCAGGUGCUUCGGCAUUCUGACUGCCAAACCUAUACCUCGGUUAACCUACUGCGUUCUACCUCUCAAUGUUGUUGAGGAUUCCAACACUCUAGAUUUGGAUUUUAAAUUCAUGGAGGACAUAGAGAAGUCCGAGGCUCGUGUUGGCAUUCCUACCACCCAGUACACCAAGCAGAAUCCCUUCACUUUCAAACUGGAAGACUACCAGGACGCUGURAUCAUUCCACGGUAUCGUAACUUUGAUCAGCCUCACCGUUUCUACGUGGCUGACGUUUACACAGACCUCACACCACUUAGCAAGUUCCCGUCGCCGGAGUAUGAGACUUUUGCUGAGUACUACAAAACCAAGUACAACCUGGACCUGUCCAACGUAAACCAGCCACUACUGGAUGUAGACACAUCUCCCUGUAGCCUGAACCUGUUAACCCCUCGCCACCUGAACCAGAAGGGGAAAGCCCUGCCGCUCAGCAGUGCAGAGAAGAGGAAGGCCAAGUGGGAGAGUCUACAGAACAAACAGAUCCUGGUCCCAGAGCUAUGUGCCAUCCACCCCAUCCCAGCCUCUCUGUGGAGGAAGGCUGUGUGUCUCCCCAGCAUACUGUAUCGCCUUCACUGCCUGCUCACAGCCGAGGAGCUGAGGGCCCAGACAGCCAGCGACGCUGGGGUAGGAGCCCAGACCCUGCCCUCUGACUUCAGGUAUCCAAACCUGGACUUUGGAUGGAAGAAGUCCAUCGACAGCAAGUCAUUCAUCUGUCUGCGUGAUGAGGAUGAGGAGGAGGAGGAGGAAGAGGACAGCGGUGACGAUAACUGUAAACAGCAGGGCCAGACUGUAGCCCCCGACCCUGGACUUGCUGCUGCUGUUUCCCAGCAUCCCUGUAGUGACUGUCAUGUCUCUUCGCUGCCUGAGGGGUGCGACAUCGGCCAACGCCCCGAAGAUGACAGACCAGAGGACGAGGAGCCCCAGCAGCCAGACUCGGCCUCCCGCACUAGCAUCCUCGCUAACGGCACUGCCCUCAUUGCCAAUGACAACGGUGACCACGCACACCUUCACGACGGACGUGACAACUGCCAAUGUCUCCCGGCUGGUUCUGGUUUGCCACUAGAGAAGGAAAAAGAACUAUCAACAACACAAACCACUACCUCAGUUCUUCCUGUGCAGCUCUCUCCAAGCACAGAGAACCAGAAUCUAACCCCAACACCCCCUCAGCCCCAGCCAGGGACCCAGCCUCCAUCCCCUCAGCCCCAGCCAGGGACCCAGCCUCCACCCCCGCAGCCCCAGCCAGGGACCAGCUCCAUCUCCCUCAGACCCCAGCUCCACAUCCCCCCUCACCCCCAGCAGGACUCCUCAGCCAAGGGACCCAGCCUCCACCCCUCAGCCCAGCCAGGGACCAGCUCCACGCCCAGCCAGCCCAGCUCAGGGACCAGCCCCAUCCCUCAGACAGCUGCUACCCCCUCAGCCCCUAGCAGGACCCAUGCCUCCACCCCUCACCCCCAGACCAGGGACCCAGCCUCCACCCCUCAGCAACCUCAGCCAGGACCAGCCUCCAUCCCCUCAGCCAGGGACCCAGCCUCCACCCCCUCAGCACCCAGCCAGGGACCCCAGCCUCCCAUUCCCCUCCAGACCCACCUCUACCACCUCAGCACCACUACAGCCAGGGACCCAGCCUCCACACCCUCACCCCAACCGCCAGGGACCCAGGCCUCCACCCCCUCAGCUCAGCCAGGCACCCAGGCCUCCAUUCCCUCGACCAACCAGGGACCCAGCCUCCAUCCCCUCAGCCGCCAGCACAGGGACACCACCAGCGCUCCAUCCCCUCAGACCCAGCCUCCACCCCCUCACCCCGCCAGGGACCCACGCUCCACCCCCUCAGCCCAGAGCGAUGAAUGUAGACCAGGGAGGACCUCAGAGCUCCGUGAGGGCGACGGACACCACGUGAAUCAAGCUACCUCAGACUGCUGCAGCCCAGCAACGAUGACGGGGCCCGCCGGCACAGCUCCCAUCACCACAACACCUUUACCUGACCCCUCAGAGGCCCUAGAGAGCCAGGAGAUCACCACCAGCAGCUCUGUAGUGGGGGAUACCCUUGGCCCCUGCCCCAAGACCCUGGGGCCCAACCCUGGGCUCAUCCUUCAGGCCCUGACCCUGUCCAACGCCAGUGACGGCUUCAACCUGGAGCGUCUGGAGAUGCUGGGAGACUCCUUCCUGAAGCACGCCAUCACCACCUACCUGUUCUGUACCUACCCCGAUGCACACGAGGGACGACUCUCCUACAUGAGGAGCAAGAAGGUGAGCAACUGUAACCUGUAUCGUCUGGGAAAGAAGAAAGGUCUUCCUUGCAGGAUGGUGGUGUCCAUCUUUGACCCACCYGUCAACUGGCUGCCUCCUGGCUACGUGGUCAACCAGGACAAGAGCAGCGAAGACAAAUGGGACGAGGAUGAGGUACGUGAUGCUGUGUGUGUUUGUGCACGUGCUCGUGUUUGUUAAUUUGCCUUGUGAAGUUUGUCUUACAUGAGCCUUCUUAGC